AUGAAACAGGUUGUGAAUCCUUCCGGUGUAAUCUUCAACCAGCUUGUCCAUCUAGACUUGAAUACAUUUGCUGAAGGUUGGUGGGAUCUACUUACCUGUAUGCUCCAAGAUUCUCCCAAACUACGUUUUCUCAAACUCACUGAUAAUUUUUAUAUUGGCAAAGAUAUCCCCACUGGUUGGAAGCCGCCGAGUUCUGUUCCAGAGUGUUUAUUGCACAGUCUUGAGGCUUUUGAGUGGUUCGGAUACAGAGGAAAACAACAAAAUAGGGAGAUGGCAGCAUAUGUACUGAAAAAUUCUAUUUGUUUGAAGACGGCGACAUUCUCUCCAGAAUCAACUCGUUUGGGAAAGAAGAACCGAAUGCUUAAGGGGUUGGCAUCUAUAAUUACAGCUUCCGCUUCGGUUCAGAUUCUUUGUGGCUGA